AUGGCCAGAAAGCGCAAGGAGGAUGGCUCGAUCAAAAUCGAGCUCAAGCAACCUGACAGAUCGGGGCCGACAGGCAAGACGCUUUUGCAAAUCGCCGAGGAGAGGGGCCUUUGGGAUAAGGCAAAGCAGAGAGAAGACGCGCUAGCGAAAGAGAAAGAAAACGUUGAAGAUAAUGACCUCAAACUUCCUCCUGGUGUCGAACGUGUGAUGGACACGCUGCUCUGGUCCCUAAGCUUGUCCAUGCUGCACUUUACCCUAGACGUCCUGGUUCAUCACCAGUAUUCCAUUAACAGGAUUGUCUGGUCCACCGUUUGCAUCAGAGCGGCUCAGGCUCUACUAGUUGAGUCAUUUUUACAGUCGGCCAUUCACCUGGAACGCCAAAGCACCAUGACCCCGGGCCGCCUCCGUGUCCUUCUGCUUGGGUCACUGCUUGUUCGUCGAACCAUCUCCUUGUCGCCUGCCAACUUUUCCAAUACCUCGUCACGAGAUGUCGUUCGGCGUGGCUUCAUGUACGAGCAUUGCACUGUCCCAGGUCUUGUGGCCCUGACUUUCGACGAUGGGCCAUACAAAUUUACAUCCCUGAUCUUAAACUACUUGGACAAGUACAAAGCGAAGGCAACUUUCUUCAUCAAUGGCGAGAACUUUUCGCGACUUGAUGAUCCUUCACAAGAGUGGAUUGGCAUCCUGAAGCGGAUGGCAGAAUCUGGUCACCAAGUCGGAUCGCAUACAUGGUCCCAUGCCAACCUCAUGGAGAUCGACUUGCCUACACGACAAAAUCAGAUCAGGCAGCUCGAGCAGGUGGUUGGAAAUGCCAUCGGCAAGACGCCAACCUAUCUUCGGCCCCCGUAUGGCUACUGUUGGGAUGAGUGUAUCAAUCAAAUGGAGAGCAUGGGUUACCGCGUGGUUAACUACGAUCUCGAUACCAAGGAUUACUUGUACAACGCCCCCGGGGCCAUCGAGGCAUCCAAGGCUGUUUUCUCAAGCGCGCUGGACUCGGGGCCUCCAUCAAAGCAGUCCUUCAUCGUUCUCUGUCACGAUGUCUUGGAGCAGACGGCUACGGCGCUGGUGCCCUUCAUGCUCGACAAGAUAAAACAAAGCGGAUACAAGGCCGUGACAGUUAGGGAAUGUCUGGGCGACCCUCCUGAGAACUGGUAUCGGCCAGUUUCCGAUAGUAAUCAUCCCGUGAAACCCGCUCAGACGAACAACAACAACAACAACAACAACAACAACAACAACAACAACAACAACAACGACGACGACGACGACGACGACGACGCAAAACCUAGGCCAAGAGCGUUGAACAACGCCUGCGAGUUUCUUUAUGUCUGGCUUCUUCUUGGCAUUUCUGGACACUCUGGCAUGGGCUUUGUGGAGCAUAAACCCACUCAGGGCUCCAGCAACAUUUGCAACUACCUGUUAAUCGUCAAAAUCUCUGAUAUUGUCAGACACGCCUAA